AUCCACAAACUUUCCUCGAUUUAUCUUCACUUCGAAAGCAGUUUACCAUAAAAAAUGAACAUGACAGACUUCCAGCUUCCUUUGACCGAGUAUGAGUUCGAGCGUCACUUUGAUGAAAGGCUUGCCAUUGAAUGGAUGCAGGACAACUGGAAAAAGUCGUUUUUGUUUGGCGCUGUGUAUGUAGUGCUUGUGUUUGGUGGACAGCACUUCAUGAAGGACAGACAAAGACUUGAUCUCCGGAAAGUGUUAAUGAUGUGGUCCCUCAGUUUGGCCAUUUUUAGUAUCAUUGGAGCAGUGAGAACUGGGUGCUUCAUGUUGUACAUUCUAAGCACCAGUGGUUUUAAACAGUCUGUUUGUGAUCAGAGCUUCUACUAUGGGCCCAUAAGCAAGUUCUGGGCUUGUGCUUUUGUGCUGAGCAAAGCUCCAGAACUAGGUGACACCAUGUUCAUUGUCCUGCGCAAGCAGCGUCUGAUCUUCCUGCACUGGUAUCAUCACAUCACUGUGCUGGUGUACUCUUGGUAUUCCUACAAAGACCAGGUCGCAGGUGGAGGCUGGUUCAUGACCAUGAAUUACACCGUCCACGCGCUCAUGUACAGCUACUACGCGGCCCGUGCUGCAGGACUCCGUGUGCCGAAACCCUGUGCCAUCCUCAUCACAUCCUCUCAGAUUGCCCAGAUGGCCAUGGGCCUGGCAGUAAGUGCACUAGUGUACCGGUGGAUGCAGGACGGGGACUGUCCAUCUUACCUGGACAACAUAGUGUGGGCUUCACUCAUGUACCUCAGCUAUUUGCUACUCUUCAGUUCUUUCUUUUAUCAGUCCUACAUGAAGAGUUCCAAACCCGAAAGCAUCAAAAGAGAGUAAUUUGCAGGCCUUUUUUUUGACUGUUAUUCUAAGAUACAUUUAUUAUUAUUAUUAUUAUUAUUAUUAUUAUUAUUAUUAUUAUUUAUUAUAAGGGACUACAAUCCUGUCUCUUGUUUUAGACAUUGGCAAUUUCUGUAUGGCUGUUUAUCUACAUGCUUUCAUUUUCUGGUGUUAGUUAAGCAACAAAUACAGCUCUUUAUUUUAUAGUUCAGAACUUUUUAAAAAGGUUUUGAACAAAGUCCAAACAAUUUUGGUCGGAGUUUAUUCCCCCCAGGAGUGUUUGUUCCUGCAGAGAAAGCCAACAAUUUUGCAGGGUUGACAGCAUGCCAUGAACCCAUCUGUGACAUAUGGUUUACAUCAUAGCAUGUGCCAAAAUCCUUGUAAUCUAUGCUUGCGGUCUGAAAACAAGCGAGUGAUUUGCUAAGAGUCUUAAUGUAAACCAACACGUUUGAUUGGGCCACACCUUUUAAAUUUCAUCCGUUCGGUACAUGCUCUCCUGGAGUGUAGGUGUUGAUGCGUACUAGUCUUUAACCUCAUGAUGUCACAGAAACUUGAAUUAUCUGUGCUGACUGGUUAAACGGGUUAACAUUCAUUUUAAUUGACGAAAAUAUUUUGACUGGAAUUCUCUCUAUGGACGACGCCCGAUGUCCUUGUUCAUUCUGUGCAUGUUUCUGUCAUGAGUUCACCGCAGCUCUGUUCUAAUGAAGUAACAGCAUGUUAAACCAGUUGAAGGAUUGAUUGAUUUGAGCUCUUGUUCACUUUUUGGGUAGAGUCGGCAUGAAAUACUUUCUCUCUGGCUGUGUUGAAUUGCUGCUUUACAAAUGAGUUAAACCAUAGCCGUCCAUGUAAUGGUGUUUGUUACUUGAAUCUCUAUUAUUAAGCACAGUUUUAUUUAUGAAUUUAACUUGUAUUUCACACAUGGUCACAUUUGGGAUAUUGUUUGUUUUAUGGUUGUCUGCGUUUAGCCUUCUACUGAAAUUACAAUGAUGAGGUUGAGCAAAAUGAUCAUUCUUAAGGAUUGCAUUGUAUUAGAGCACAAACCUUUGAGAGGAUAUUCAGUGAAAUUUAACAGGGAUUCUGACACUUUAAAAUGCUGCUAUUGUCUGAGAUCUUGUUUCUUUUGUUUAUCAACUGUGAAAAUGUAUUAUAUAUUUGCAUUUAAAGGACAUUAUGAUUGUUUUAAAGAAUUUUUUAUGGCUUUGCCUUUAAGGAUGACAGCAUAUUACUUCACUUGUUUACAUUUUUAGGAACAGCAAAGUUAAAUGUCAUGGCAUUAAGUUACAAAACAUUUACUCCUGUAUUUUAAUUACCAAGAAUGUAAAAAAUAAAAUUAACGUCAUAUGUAAAUAUCUAUUUUUCCAACCGGAAGGUCUAUACACCAUUUUUAGCCAGUAUGAUGUAAUUAUGAAUAUGUAUUUAUUUGUUGUCUAUAAAUAAAGCUGUUUCUGUA